CACUAACUAACCGCACUAAUGAGGUAAAGAGGAAGGAAGCCCUGCUGGGGUUGAACAGCAGCUUAGUACCAACUCCAGAAGAGAGGAGCUGACCUCAGAGACAUCAGCCUCCUCUUUAGUGUAGACGUGUUUGUGGUGACUUAGUGAAUAAAGAGUUUCUGAUCUGCUGAUUCAACACAGAGGAGCAGCUAUGAGUUCAUCAGCCGGUGGAUUAGUCGUCUUCCUUCUCUCUGUACAAGUGAUACAGAGUCAGGACGGAUGGGGAGUGACUUACCGUCAGACUGAGGUCUGUGCUGUAAAAGGAUCAGAAGUGGAAAUAAACUGUAACUACACAUACCCACCUGGAAUACGUUACAAUGAUAUAAAGGAAAGAUUCUGGUUCACUAAAGAGAAAGAUGGUGAACCUGUGGAUCUGAAAACAGACUCUGAGUAUUCAGGCCGUGUGGAGUUUGAAUGUUCAAAGACGAGUUGCUAUCUGAAGAUCACAAACGUGAGAGAGAGCGACUCAGCUGAGUACAAACUCACAUUCAGGACAAACAAACCAAGUGAGAAAUAUACUGGUUCACCUGGAGUCACUUUGUCCGUCACAGAUCCAGGUCUCCAGGUGCAGGUGAACAGAUCAAAUUCUACCUGGUUGGAGCUGACGUGUCACAGCAGCUGUGAUCUGUCUCAUCAUCCUGGAUACAACUGGUACAAGAAUGAAGAGAUCAUCCAGAAUGUAUCUUCUCUUCUAGUCUCCUCUGGUUCUACAGACAGAUAUUCCUGUGGUUUAAGAGGAUCUUCUGGUCAUCGUUCUCCUGCAGUGUAUGGUCCACGGAGUCCCUCUGUGUCAGUGAGUCCCUCUGCUGAGAUGAUGGAGGGUGGUUCAGUGAAUCUGACCUGUAGCGCUGAUGCUAACCCAGCAGCUAACUACACCUGGUACAAGGAGCAUGAAGACUCACCACGAGCAUCAGGACAGAUGUUCACCAUCACUGACUUCAGAGCUGAACACAGUGGGAAUUAUUCCUGUGAAGCCCAGAACGAGAUGGGACGUAGUACCUCCACCUUACAUCUGAUUACUUCUCCAGGUGGAGAUACAACAACAAUGAUAAUAAACAUCACCAGGUGGACUCUGGUGGUUGUGAUGCUGAUUCUUCUGCUUGUCUUCUGUCUGUGGAUGAGGAAGAAGAAAGCUGUGAGCUCCACCACUGAACCACAUGAGCCCAGAGAGGCUGUGGAGAUGGACCUUCAUCCUGAGUAUGAGGACCUCUCAGCACAGAGAGAAGACCCAGAGGAGCAGGAAGACCAGGUGUGAAGAUGCAGUGGAACCAGAGGGAGACUCACCUGGACGGAGACAGCAACAAGUGGACAUGUUUCCCUUCAGUACCAUCAGUUAUUAUCUAAGGUCUUUACACAGUUAAAACUAUAAUUUUUAUUUCAUUAGGGUCCUCGCUACGACUAGUCGUAGAGGAACCUAUUGCAUUUCAAGGAAUUAUUAUUAUUAUUAUUCUCACAAACCGCAGGCCUUUUUGGGGCCUUUAUCAUAUCAAGGUGUUAAAUUUGGCAUGGAUAUCUGGACUGUUAAAAAAUUUGAUACAUUUUGAGUCUCACAUUUGGGUAUAAAGAAAUGUCUCUAUAGCGCCCUCUAGAAAAUUAAAAAAGACCACACUAGGCCAGUUUCCCCCCCGAUGUCCGAUCAACUUGAAAGUUGGCACACAGAUUCUCUUCGACAUGCUCUACAAAAGAGUCAAUCAUGGUAUACAAAUGAACCAAACUAGAUUUGAGUGAAAAACUAAUUUUUGGCAAUUUCUCCUAAACGCUGAGUUUGAUUGUCACAAAACCUUCAGUGGAUCAUUAUUAGUUCAAUGUGCCUUUGAUAUAUCAGAAUGGUGCUGAUAACUCAUUGUUUUAAUGAGAUAUGGGCUAAUUAACUUUGCAAGGGGUGUGGCUUAAACUGGCAGAUUUUUUACUUCCAAAUGACUUGGCCUGCUCUAACCAAAAUUAUAGCAUGUGUGAACAUUGAAGUCCUAAACACACACUAAUAUUUUCAUAAUUUCUGAAGAAUAGAAUUAAUUAAGUAAUUAAUGGUUGAAAAUCUGCCUUUUGGGGCUGUUUUGGCCUAUUUUCAUGAUUUCUUACAGUUGUAAAAGUUUAAAACACCAUAUUUCUCAUAUAGCAUGAACUUCUCACCCUAUAAACAUCCAUAUGAUCAUUUCUAACCUGUUUUAUUGUUUUAUUUUAAGAAGAUAUUACGGUUAAUGAACUUUAAAGAUUUGCCUUUUUGGAAUAUUUUCAUAAUUUCUUACAGUUGUAAAAGGUCGACCUCCCAGGGGAUGUGUACUAUCAACCUGAAGUGGAAUGGUCAUGAAAGUAUUGAUUGUUUCCUUUUAAAUCUAACCAGAAAAUGACAAAAUGUAGUCCGGUGAUUGAGAUAUUGAAGGAAAUUGGCUCUUGUAUGGUAUUCUGAGAGGCGUUAAUCUCUUAAUGAUACAUCAGAAGCUCCUGGUUAUAUGUUAAAAUAAAAGAGCUAAGACCAUGAUAAUGUCAAAGAUAAAGUUUGCAAAGCGGCAUUCCUGGCGUUGCUCUACACGGUUAACGACCACCGACUUGCGAACGUUUUGUCCUACGGCCGCAGGGUUCCUCGGCUGCAUUUGUAACCGUCCGGCCAGGCCCCGACGUGCAAGGAGUAGCGAGGACCCGUCCAACGCUGCUCGCAGCUUUAAUUUUAAAUGUUCUUUUAUUGUGAUUUGCAUUUCAUUGGAAGAGAACUUUGAAUUUUAUCAUUGCUUCAAUGUGUUUUAUAGCUAAACUUGCCUUGAAAUAUCGGAAUAUUCAUGAUGCUUUAAUUAUACCUGCUGGUACAUGUGUGCAUGAUUUAAUUGAAAUGCAAUAAAUUGCCUUUA